CCCGGUUAUGGUUUAGCUGAGAGUUCUGCCUAUGAAUCUUUUGCAAAGAUCUGUUGCAUCUUUGGGAAUUGGAGCUGCAUUUAUCAAAAGGGCGGCCACCGCUGCGCUAUUAGGGGUGUGUGCAAAUAUUUGCACGCCUUGCCUGAGAGGUUGCAGCUUGUGCGUGUUAGUUUAAUGAAAGGUGACUCCCUAUAAGAGAAAUGUUUAUGGGCCUGGACACUCAGAAGCACAUAAUAUGCACGGGGGUGGAAGGAAAGCCCUUUGAGCGUAUGCGGAACUGGCACUGUUGCAGGCGCCACUCUUUCGCCCUUUGUAACAAAUUGAUCUUUAAGUGUGGCACCACCUACACUCCGGAGCUCCCUGCCUAUUGACAUCAGGCAGGCAGGCUCCAUGACUGUUUUCAGUGCCUGUUAAAAACAAUUUUGUGUAGGCAAGCCUAUCCAGAUAAGCAGAAUGCUGAUAUGUGUUUUAAUCUGAUUUUUAUCUUAUUCCUAAAUCUAAUUAUUAUUUUAAUAUCUAAAAUAGUUGUUUUUAACAUUUUUCAAUGUUUUAUUUUUUUGUAAACUGUUUUGAGUGAUGGAGGGUUUUGUUUUUUAAGCAAUCAAGCAGUAUAUAUUUUUUAUUUUUUAAAAAAGAAAAUAUGUGCAGUGUGUUAAAGGCAGGAGAAGAGAACACAAUUGCUGCAGUUUAGUUGGCCUAGGAGGGUCCCUUUAUAAUAGCUCAGCCUUUGCCAGACUGGCCCUUUCCAGAUGUUUUGGACCACCAUUCCCAUCGCUGGCUGGGGCUGAUGGGAGUGGUAGUUCAAAAGAUGUAGAGGGGGAUAGCUUGGUAAAAACUGCAGUAGCUGGUUUCUUCUUUACCCCCCCCCCCAAACACACACAAAAAAGAAAAAGCAGAAGCCUCUGGCACUUUGCCGAAGAGGCCAUAAGGUAGUUAACUGCACAGUGUGCUGCUUUAGCAGGAAUAACUUCUGUGGUUUUUCUCUCAGCAGGACUGGCUGGGUUCCCAUCUGCAAUGUGUUCAGGUUGGCCUAAGUACCCAUUAGCUGCUGCAGUUCCUCAUUCCAAGUGCUGCGUCCUGCUAAUUCAUUUGGAGCCUGUGACCGGCCAAACAAGUGAAAAACCCGGUGACCAUGUCCUGAGGAGCAAGCACAGGCUUGGUUUCGCUUUCCAAGAGACCAAUUAAGAAAACUGGCUUCUGUUGGAACUGUCAGGAGAUACUUUAAUUGCCUUUCCCUGACUCUUCCCUUGUCCUAUUUGCCUUGACCCUUUGCCAUCUCCUAGCCCAGUCAAAGCAUGCCUCGGGGAGCACUGGGAGGAAACUUGAUUUCUUGGGAUGCCAACUUUGCCCCCUGAGUGUUAUUCCUCCAGGGGAGCAAAACAUGACCUUGCAGCUGGCAAGGGAAGGACAGGAGAAGCACAUAUUCUGCUACGGCUUGAGCCAGUCAUGAAAUGUGCAUGGAUCAAAUAGCUCCUUGCUGUUAAGGCUUUGAGAGAGUGAAUAGGCAAGAUCAAGAACCCCAUUGGCUCAGCCUGGGGACACGUCCGCUACAAGGAGAAGAGCCCUGCUGGAUUAGACCAAAGGGACAUGAAGAAUUGCUGUCAGUUAUUUUGUUGUUGCUGUGCAUUUAGAAAAUAAAAUAUUUUAAAAUAAUAA